CAUUUCCAAAUUAUGGAUAGCUGGAAGACAGAAGAGGAGGGAAGAACAGAAUUUGGGAGGGAAAUUCAAUUAAAUGAAAUGACCAGAUCACAAACCUCAAAAGCACCAGCUGGACUGGCUGAGAUCUUUCACGCUUUAGUAGCCUGCCCUUCAGACCCUGAGAACUGCUUAUUCUUUCAGUUCUUAUACUCCUCACUCCUACAACUCCAAUGACCCAGCUUCCAAAACCACUCACAACCCUCCGUCCUCUCUUCUGCUGGGACCCGGCUGUUUUUUGUUUUUAGGCCAUGGGCAUCUCAGUAAAAGGGACUGCCAUCCAUCUUACGUGCCCAAGCCAGAAACUCAAGCUCGUGUGUGUGUGCGUGCACAGCCGUGUCUGACUGCCACCCCAUGGACUGAAAUCUACCAGGCUCCUCUGCCUAUGAAUUUUCUAGGCAGGAACACUGGGGUGCAUUGCCAUUUUCUACUCCACCUUGAUUCUUCUCUUCUUCCUUUCCAACUAGCAGCAAGCCCUGGUGUUUCUACCUCUUUCAUACUUAUCCCCUGCCACCAGCUUAGACCAAAGGAACCAUUCUCUUCCUUGCCUCUUAAUUGGUCUGCUCACUUUCUCUGUUACCCCUUUCUGAUACACAGUCACAAUGACCUUUUAAAUAUGUUUAUCACAUCUCUCUGAGGCCUAAAAUGACUCUAUGGCUUCCCACUGCGCUACCAUCCAGACCAACAACUUACAAGCCUUCCCCUCACUUCAUGCCCUUCUCCCCUGGCUCACUGAGCUCUACCCACAGCCUCCUUUCGGUUCCCAGAAAAGACAGAACUCUACUGCCUGAUCGCCUCAGUUAGCACCCAUUCCCUGUACCGGAAAUGCUCUCCCCACCAUGCUUCCUUACUAGACCUUUUCCCAUUCUUUGGUUAAAUGUUCCCUUCUCAGACAUUAGGCAGUGACCCUCUCCUCUACCCUUAUUAGCCUUACAGCAUUCUAAUGUAUUCAGAUUCAAGCAUCUUGGCACAAUGUGAUUUUAUUUACAUGUUUUUUGUUUGUCUUCCCCUUUCUAGAACAGCUGCUCUAUGAAGAUGUGCCAGCCUUACUCGCCGAUUUAAAAAGAGAGCGAGCGAGCCAUGAGAUGACAACAGUUCGCCAUCCACACGGACGAAAGGAGCAAGCCAAGGAGGAAAAACGUCCUUCAAACGGAUUUUCCCAACAAAGCACCUGGGGACCGUUAGAAUUAUUACAGCAGCCAAGGCCUUAGUCUCGGCCUCCCGGGAAAACUGGGCCUGGCGUGUGUGCGGGUGCCCGCUUUUACUGUUGCGAUCUCUUCCCCGAGCUCCUCAGAGCUCCGAAUACCUAAAGAGGCAGGUACCGGGAUGGAGAGGAGCCCAGCACGUUCUACACAUCACUUCAACUGUGGCUCCCCUUUUAAAGAGACGAACCCAAUUACCCGACCCCACCUCAGCUUUGCACCUGUCCUGCUUCAGGUUGGGCCAGCGGACCCAACAGAAUCACCUAAUUCUCCAACCUCAGCCGCACGGGAAGCAUCGAAGGAGGCGGGAUUGGUCCUGCGCUCCCACCCCUCUCCUCCCAGCUAGUUCCUUCCUUCCGGAAGCUCGGGGCCCCGCCCACUUCCGCAACGCCGGGCCUCAGCCAAUGGCCUGCGUCCCAGGGAACGUUACCUCUGACCUCAGGGCUAAUCAGAAACAGUAGGACGAACUCCUCGCGAGAGGUGAGGUUGAAGCUGCCUCCGCCAUCUUGGAGAUGGGAGACGGGCGAUGGCUGUGGUCUUUCCGCUAAUGCAAACAACAAAACGGGCACAUUAGUGACUCCCGAGUGAGGCCCUCAUCAGUCUGAUUGUUGGCCAAAGCUACAGAAGAAGCGAGGGGGUCAAAGCAGAGCGCGGCGACACUGAUAACAGCCUCAACUGCCUGCUGGGGCGGCAGAAGUGAGGUAACUGAGGACCGGAAGGAUGGUACAGUCCUGUUCCGCCUACGGCUGCAAGAACCGAUACGACAAGGAUAAACCCGUUUCUUUUCACAAGUUUCCUCUUACUCGACCCAGUCUUUGUAAGAAAUGGGAGGCAGCUGUCAGAAGGAAAAACUUUAAGCCCACCAAGUACAGCAGCAUCUGCUCGGAGCACUUUACCCCGGACUGCUUUAAGCGGGAGUGCAACAACAAGCUGCUGAAAGAGGAUGCUGUCCCCACGAUAUUUCUGUGUACCGAGCCGCACGACAAGAAGGAAGAUCUCCUGGAGCCACAGGAACAGCCCCCGCCGCCUCCUUUAACGCCCCCCAUUUCCCAGGUCGAUGCUGCGAUCGGGCUGCUCAUGCCUCCUCUCCAGACCCCCGAUAACCUCUCCGUGUUCUGUGACCACAACUACACCGUGGAGGACACCAUGCACCAGCGGAAGAGGAUCCACCAGCUGGAGCAGCAAGUGGAGAAGCUCCGGAAGAAGCUCAAGACCGCGCAGCAGCGGUGCCGCCGGCAGGAGCGGCAGCUGGAGAAGCUGAAGGAGGUGGUGCACUUCCAGAAGGAGAAGGACGGCGCCUCCGAGAGGGGCUACGUGAUUCUCCCCAAUGACUACUUCGAGAUAGUCGAAGUCCCAGCGUGAAAACGUGAGAUUUGUAUUGGUUUUUCAUGGGGCAAUACCACCUACCCUCUUCUACCCUAGAGAGGAGUUUCAUUUGAAAAGAGAUUACACUUGAUAACUUGUACAAAAGCAAUUCAGAAUAUUUUUUUAAAAGAAUAAAUUAGAUAUAUACUGUAAAACUGUAAAUUUUUUGUUUGUAAUUUCAGGGUUUUUACAUUUUAGCAAAAUAUUUUAAAAGUGAUAAACUAACCUCAGAGCUUCAGUGUAAGUUCGUUUCAGGAUUGGGGAUUUUUGUUUUUUAAUUCAAGUAUUUAUAGACAUGAAAAUAAAAAGUAAAGAGAACAAGAACAGUGCAGUAAGGAUGAUUUAAGUUUCAAGUUAAAAAAAUUUAGUGCAGUUUAUUGAAAGAACUUAGUCACAUUUUAAAUCAGAAGCAUAGGACAUGAUGUCUCAGAGUAUAUAUAUUUACACAUUCUUAUUUGUAAAGUCGACAGAUUCAUUUAUCUUAAUCCCUUAUCAGAGUUAACUUGGCGAGUUGUGUCAUUCCAUACCUAAUCAUAAUGGUUAAAUGAUGUUAGAGAAGGAAUUUUUUUAGAGAGUGGGGCCCUUCCUUUCUCACCCCCACCCAGCAUUAUAGAAUUAGAAGGGUGUCUCCAGUGGAAGACACACUCUCCAGUAAGCAGACUGGAGUGAGAUGAGCAGCGGCCACUGGGGCUGACCCUGGGCUCGCCUUUUCUCUUCUGCUCUGAGGUCAGGGGCGUCCGGUCCCCACUGUGGGUGUGUGUGCACCCAGGUCUCUGCCUGUGUCGUGUGGGUAGAGUGUGACUUGUUGCAUCAGGUGGGAAUCUUGCUCUUGACGAAUUGAUUGUCAAGACGUCACACAAAAGAAAAUUUCUUCACUUUUACCACAAGCGAGAAGUCACAUCCUAUUUACCUAAAUGAGUGAUUUGUAUUCAGAGGCAUCCUAAUAGAUAAUGCUUAUUUUACUCAAAAUUGAGACUCAAAUGCUGCGGUUUCUGUUCAGACUGUGAGUUGUGCUCUAACUUUGUGAGAAAUUUUACCUAGGUUUGAAAUGAAAACACUUCUGAGUAAACAAGCACUGCCAUAGGAAUUACCUGCUUAAAUUUAGAAUAACUGCUCCAACUAUAAUUAUUUUGUAUUUCAAAGUGCUGCACAGACCUUUGAAGGCAGUAUUAAAGAUUGGCAGUCAUCAGUCCAGGAAUGUCUUUUGUAGACCUGAUUCUCAGUGUAGUUCACUGCCAUCUUGCCAGUGCUUUGAUUCAUGGAGAUAUGAUUUUUUUUUUUUUAUGAACCAGUAUUUCAAAAGUAGAAAAUUAUGACUACUUGAAAUAUUAUCAUCUGAUAACACUUAGAACUAACUCUAAGGAAUCAGAGGACUUUUUCUAGUUAUUCAUGGGUCUCAUCACUGUUUUUGAAGCUACAAAAUCUCUUAAGUAGUUUGUUUUUACAUUUCAUCUCUCUAGCAAUUCCUGGAGGAUAUGUGGGUAAAUAUUUUACACAAUAUAUAUGUGAAAACUAAACUGUCAUGGACAUAAAAGAAAUCUGUGUGUGUGUUUGUGUGUGUGUCCCCAUGUCAUCAGAACCAGGAAUCCAACAUUAACUCUGUAAGUGACCGUCAUAAUCACUUGGCAUCUUAGCAUUAUGAACUAACCUGAAGCUACUUGUUUUCGUGGGACAGACAUCCCUAAUUGGAGAGAACUGAGCAACAGCAUGUGUACCAACUAUUUGCAUUUAGAUCACUUACUAUGUUUAACACAGAAUUUGAAGUACAGGUGCUUAUUUCUGAAUUUGAAAUAUAACGUUUGUUGAAAUGUUUUAAAAAUUCAUUUUGUCUGUUGUAGUGUUUAUGACAUUGCCAAGAGAAAGAGAACGUUCAGGCUCAAAUAGGUCCUGUUCAGUCACAGCGAAACGUGGUCAGAAACAGCAGGGCAAGGUCUCCGUCUGGAGCAAGCGGGGAGAAGACCCCUGUGAGUUUCAUCGUAGUAUGAAAGAUGACAUGUAUUUUAGGCACAGAGAGUAACAUCCUGAAGUUUCCAUCUAUGAAUGAUAUAGUCUGGCAAUGAUAGAAGAAAUAACUUUUUCCUGAUUAGAACUGCUAGGAAAACUGUAGAAUUUUAGAAUUAGAAGGGAGCUAGAAAUGACUGAACACUUGCGUCACCUCCAAACCCUGCAGAAUCCCCUUGUGAAAUAUCCCUGACAACUGGAUGUCUGUUCUCUGUAUACCGUUGAUGUGUAAGCAGUGCUGUUUAGAUUCUCUGAAAUGAGUUUCUGGAAUAGAGUAGCAUUUGUUGCCACUUUUAAAAAUACUUGUUUAUAACACAACUAUAAACUUCACUUUGAACUGCUGCAUAGUUUGAACUAUCAAAUUCCAAAUUAAAGAAGUUUUAAAAUUUUGUAAAAUAAAUGUUUAUUGUGUGCCUGCUA